AUGGAAAUGAUCCCCAGAGAUGCGAAUUAUAUCGAUGUCCAGGCUCAAUUUCUUCAAGGUCUUCCCUCCAUUCCAUAACCUGUUCAUGUUUCCCAACUCAUCCUCAGGCAACUUCUCCAAAACUCGUUCAUCGUCUUUCGUUUCUUCGCCCGAAGUCUUCCCAGCUUGAACACAGGCCCCAAACAAUUUCCCCAAAACGUGAGGACUCCCAGCGCCAAUGGCAUGCAGACAGUGAAUCCAAACCAGCCUCCAACUCGCAUGUUCACCUCCAGCUUCAAGCCGUCUGUUCAAGCUCCUUCUCACACCCCACCGCUCUUCCGUCCUCGCCGAAUCCAAGCUAGACUCCAACUCGUAUGCCCACCUCCAGCCUCAAAUCGUCGUUUCAACCUCACUGUCGCGCCGCAUCGCUCUUCCUUCCUCACCGAAUCCAAGCCAGACUCUCAACUCGUAUGUCCGCCUCCAGCUUCAAGCCGUUGUUUCAGGCUCACUCCCGCACGCAUCGCUCUUCCGUCCUCGCCGAAGCCAACCCAGACUCCAACUCGUAUGCCCACCUCCACCUCCAGCUUCAAGUCGUCGUUUCAGCGCCACCCUCGCACUACACCGCUCUUCCCCCCUCUCGUGUCUUCUGGACGGCUUUUGGAUGGCCGAUGUUGCCUUCAGCGCUGGAAGAGGCUAGUAGGUUAGAUGGCGCAUGCGCGACGAAGGCAGGGAGGGAUGGCUUCAGCAUAGAGGGAGCGCGGAGGGCAGCAGCAUCGUGGCGAGUAAUGCGCGCGCCAUUGUCGUGACGGUGCGCUCGUCCGGGUGGCGUUCAGUGCGGACGUCGGCCGUCGCUGUACUGUCAAUGACUAUGAAAUGCGCCCGCUCGAUCUCCGUUUCGAAGCGCCGUAGCGACAUUGCGUCGCAUCAUGUCAUUCAAGAAGGUCUAGAGCUGUUCAUCUCGUCUCUCGGAAGGUGUUCGGCGCGGAAUCCGGACAUUGCUGGUAAUGCCAUGCGCGCGCUCGAUCUCGAACUCGCGCUCGAACUUGGUUUCGAGGCGCGCUUGCAGGGAGGAUGCGGAGGUUCAAAGUCGAUGCGAGCGGUGCCAUUGCGACAUUGCG